UUGACCCAGGGGUUCGGCAGGUUCUUUCUUUUGAUAGUGUCGAACAGACACGCCACAAACUCGUGUAUACAAAUAUAUUUAAGACAUCCGUGUUCACCGACCGUUGAUGAAACGAUACACAAACUGCAUAAGUAGUGAACUAAAAGUUCUAGAACACGAAAAAAGGAUGGUCACUUGUGAUGACUUGUUUUUAGUUCAAGUGCUCCCAGACAUGUGAGAUUUCGUCCAUUUCCUUCAGCACGUCGUGGCCCAUAAUUAUCGUCAGGAGGAGAUGAAGUGGAGGGCGCGCGGAGAAACAAUCUAUUCACAUCGAUCUCCACUCGAUCAUCAAACAGAAAAUGCGAUAGAAAUGCAUGGCAAGAAAGGACCCCCCUUCAAUAGUUGGACACAACCACCACCACCGCCCCGACACAAUAACAUGUGCACUGACAUGUACAAGGCUAAAAGAAAAAGGGAUGCAGCAAUUCGACCGCGAACCGCAGUACGCCGAAGCCAAUCCCGGAGAGAUCGUGAUCAUGCCUUGCAGAGUUUUCAACAAGAAGGGCCAAUGCGUCUGGCAGAAAGAUGGCAAGCCCGUCGGAAUUUACCCCGGGAAAUACGAAUGGGUUAGUUCGCCCGAUUUGGGUGAUUGCAGCCUACGGAUAUCCGCCGCCCGAGCCGAUCUGGAUGCCGGUGAAUGGGAAUGUCAGGUAACCGCAUCGUCAUUCGAUGCGCAGGACGCCUUGACCUCCGACCCGGCCCGGCUCGUCGUUCGAGUUCCCCCGAGCCCUCCGCAACUGGAAGUGGAAUUGAGCCCGAUCGCCGAUGGAGGCAACUUGACCUUGUCUGCGGGCGCUGAGGCCACAGUUCGAUGUUUGAGUCGCGGCGGCAAUCCGGCCGCCAACGUCAAGUGGUUCCUCGAUCAGCGUGAACUCGUCGGCCACUACAACCAGACCAACACGACCGACAUUGGCAAGGUCAAAACGUGGAUGGCCGUCUCGACGCUGACCUACACCUUCACCAAGACGGAUCACUCGAAAUUACUGAGGUGCGUCGCCCUGCACGAGGCCUAUCCGACCAAAAGCCGGGAGUCAUCCGUCACGCUCGACAUUCAUUAUGCGCCGGAAGUGACGCUUGUUGGGACUCCGACGGUCGACCUGGAAGAGAACAUUGACUCAGUUUCAUUGCGAUGCCGGGCGGAUGCCAACCCACCUGCCACGGUCAUCUGGCGCCGCGUUGGCGGCAAUCCAUCGAUGACGAACAGGGCUCCUGUUGUCAGCAUGGGUGACAUUUACAGUUUCCAGGAGACCCUGGAAUUCUCGCCCGUCACGCGCAAAGAUUCGGCCACUUACUCGUGCGAAGCGAAGAACACGAUUGGAACUUCGAAUCUCAUCACGAUUCCUAUCGACAUUAAAUACUCGCCGAUGAUUGUUAAUGUCGGCCCUGCUGUUAGCCAACAAUUGACGGUCACGCUAUACGAGUCGACGCGACUCGAGUGCCAGGCGGAAGGCAAUCCGCUUCCACGCUAUCAGUGGCUUCAUCGUAGGCCCAAGGACGGCGAAGAGGACAUCGUCAUCCGGUCGGAAGAUCGUUACUUGCACAUCACCAACGUGACGUACGAACACCAGGGCGAAUACAUUUGCAUCGCCACCAGUACCAUCAACGGCCUGGAGCGGAUGGUCCAGAGUGAAGCCAUUACUCUGCGAGUUGUAGGUCCGCCGCAAGUUUUGAGCGAAGUAUCGUCGCGAUUCAUUUCAGUUGAACGCGGGGACGAUGCCGUCAUCCGGGCUGUGUUUUGCGCUGAUCCGCGUCCCAUCCGAGUCUCUUGGCGUUGGGCCGCCUUCCAAAUGGAAGCUGGCAGCGGAAGUGGACGCUUUGUUGCCGAAGCUCUACACAAGGUCUCGCCCGCUAUUCUACCUACCCCUCCUGCCGUUGUAGAACUCGUGGCUGACGACGAAGAUGACCAAGACGUGAUUGGCAGCGCUAGCGACACUGAAUCGAGCAGCAGCACCAAUUCCGCUUACGACACUAUCGAAAGCACAACCACCACGCACCAUCCACGUAGUUUAGAAGUUGUACCUACUGCUCAGGCUUUGAUUGCACGUCCGCCUCAGGCCGUAUUCACUUAUCCGGGGAAGCGAGACGAAUGCUACGAGACGCGCUUACGUAUCCAGCGCGUCGAAAUGAACGACGCCCGUCACUACUAUUUGACCGUGGAGAACGACAAAGGCUCGGAUACGUUCUACGUCACUUUGACCGUCAAAGUAGAACCUGUUUCCAUGGCAACGGUAAUCGCCGUGGUGAUCGCCUGUCUCUUCCUCAUCAUCGUCGUCACGCUCUGCCUGCUCUACGCCUACCGAUCCGAGAGAUGUUGUUUCGACCGUAAGGGCGGCUCCAAGUCGACCGAUCUGGAAAGUAUGAAGAGUGAUGUGGAAAGUGUACAUAGUAGCAGUCAGUGUAGCAGUAGCGGCAACAACAGCGCCACCAGCCAAACGAGCAUUAAUCGAGGAGGAACUCAGCGGAGCAGCGUCGGCCAAACAAAGUGCCAUAAAGCAUUGGGAACGGCGGUGUCGGAUUCCCGCGGUCUGCUUUACGCGGAUCUGCAAUUGCCAAAAACCAGCAAUAACGGCUCGAUGAAGGUGAAGAACCACCACAGACAUUUGCAUAAUUUACCUACGUCUUCGUCGUCUUCUUCGACGUGUACAUCUUCGUCGCCGCAACAGCAAUGGAGCCAAUUGAACCGAACCAAUUUUUCUGACCGGUCACUGGAUCAGACCAUCGAUACAUUAGACACAUCUCUAGAUCGAUCUCAUUCUAAAGUCGAUGUUUAAGUGACAAGUCAUGCCCAUGCCUGUGUGUUUAUAUAUCUGUACAAAAAUUAUCCCAUUUGUUUUUUGUAUUCGUAACCUUCCCCGCUCCCAAUUUUAUUAUUUUAAAUGUUUGAAUUAUUCUAAAAGACCAAAAUAACAAUAGAAGGACACGAUGAUAUAAAACGCCACAUCCGAAAAUGGUGAGGAAAUCGUGUCUAUGUAAAUGAUAAACCCGCAUUAAAACCUUCCUUUUCUUUCUCAAGAGCAUGUUUUUUUGUUUGUUUUUCAGUUGAAUUAAAACGAUAAGUAUUUGUUGGUAUUAUACGGUAUUCUAGUGGAUAAAUGUGCGUGAUCCCCGUCUCCCAAAACCUUGUCUCGUGUAUUGUACAAAGUGUUUGUCGUUCUCGUGAUUUUCCUUUUUUUCCCCCUUAAAAAUAUCCCAUGAUGUUCAGAAUGAAAGAAAAAUAAACACCUUUUUUAAAAAUA